AUGGUGGAUUUUCUCUCCGCACAAACUUCCUACUCACUGACUCUUCCAGGUAGCCCAUUUCUGAUUUCUAACUGUCAAGAUGGACUCGAUCAUACAGAUUCGCCUGAGCUAGAGAGGGUUCGCAACCUAGUGCAUCAGCAGCGUCAAGAAUCGUGUCUCCAGACCACGGCUACAACACUAGACCUAUUCAUUGACUGGCUAUCCAUGCUGCGCAGACGCGUUUUUUUAGCCUCUCGUCAGCUUUUGCGACGCUCCAUUUGGUUAGAUCAUUUAUUUCAAGAAAUCCAAAUUCAAGCAGAUCAUUUAGCCAAAGCCGAGCGUCGAGCUGGCCAGCUUACUAGCCGUGCGAGAUGUGCUUCCAACUGGCUUAUUUCAGUCUUGAACAACAUCAAUCGAGGUUGCAAUUUGACCACUCUUGAUCAGCUUUCAUCGGCCAUAUCUGCAGAUAACCCAUUUGAUAGGUAA